AUAUAACGGUAUACAUACACAAAUACACGCUAUUUCGUUCAGACAUUAAUUAAUGCUGAUAGGAAGGCUCCACCGCCAUCUUCAGUUGUCGUUGCGAUACGCAUCGCGGUAGAGCUCAUGCGCUGGCAAUUCAAGUCAUUUUAAGGCUAACUGCAAGACGCGGCUAGGCCGUAGCGUUAGUCUGAAAACAUGCCUCAGUUUUUACGCUAUUUUUACCGCUUUACUUAUUAUUACUCGCUCGCAUUCGGUUUACUACGGUUCGAGUAUGACUUUCACACAUACAACAUACGACCUACAACCCGUGUUGCAGCCUACGCGAUACUAGUCAAUCUGUUGAUAGUUGCACUGAUGCCGCAACAAUUCAAGCUCGACGCUAUGAACUUUACGCGCAACCCCAAGGCGCGCCAACUCUUUCAGUUUCUCUUGACGUCAUUGUCCUUGACUCGCUCGGUGGCGUGUGUGUUCAUUUUGGCAGUUUAUUGGUGGCGACGUCACGAUAUAAUCGCGCUCGUUAUAGACUUUCAGCGUCUGUUUCGUAUAAGAGUCAAUUAUAUUUUACACUCGUCAUUGUCGGUGCGUCGCUUUCGCUUUGCUUUAUUGCGAAAAUUAUUGCUUGUUACUGUCACCGAUUUGUCGCGCCUUGCGACGGCAUGGCGCUCAGGCAGCUGGCGGGACCAGCAGCCUGUUAUACUGGUGACAAUUUACUUGGCAAUACUCAACCAGGUGGUUAAUCAUUUCUUUUUCGGCAUGUGCGUUUUGAAUUUUCACUUAGAAGCGCUGAACGAUGAGUUGCAGGACAUAGUGGAUGCUGCUACCAUGUUGAGCGCACAGCGGCGUGUAUGUCCUCAGAACUUUCCGCGGCGCUGUGCCAACCUCAUCAAUAAAUUCAAUGCUUUGAUGGCGAGGCGCAGGCAAUUGCAGCGCUUUGCCGAUCGGUUGACUGCCAUACUGGGUGUGCAGGCAGGCUGUGUUAUAUUCAUAUUGUAUUGGUAUAAUGUCACCUUGGUAUAUUUGGUGUACUCUUUAAUGAAACCAGAAGGGGUGUUGUCAGUGGCCAUGCCCUUAUGGUCCGUUGUACUCUUCCUAAUCGCUGGUGCGGCGUACUGCGGUGACUUUUUGGAGGUUCUCAUCGCCUUUCGACGUCUACGGAAGAAUUUUUCGACAUGUUUUUCAAUAAUGCAAACGCUCUCGGAAGUGUGGCAAUUGAACAGAUACUGGGAACGAAGUGUAAGUAUGUAAAUAUUUUCAUCUACUAUUGUUAUAAAAUGUAUUCUAACUGCAGUUGGAACAAUUUUUCCUCCAAGAAGCUUGCCACUCAUAUCAACCGAUGAUUAUGGGUCUAUUCUCACUCAACGGACACGCUUUAUUGGCGCAGUCAAAUUCAACGAUUUUAAGGUCAAUAAUUUUGGUGCAGUACGAUUAUAAAAAUUUUUGAAAAUAAGCUCAUGGCAAAUAAAAGUA